AUGGCGCCUUUACUCCAGACUUUGGUGAGCGGCCUUGCCUUGGCAGGCUCUGUCGUUGCUGUUCCUCACAAGCAACACGAGGAGACCGACAUCUUGGUCGAGUCUCAAAUCCUGACCAACCCCUAUGCCUAUGACUUCCCUCGUUUGGGUGCCCCUGGGGCUAAACUCUUCCCUAUGCGCCGUUGCCACGGCUUUAAGCUAGAGGAGGCUACCGUUGAUCAGAUUCAGGAGCAACUGACCAAUGGUACUUUCAGCAGCGUUGAGCUGUUGGGAUGCUACCUGGACCGUAUUCACCAAACGCAGCCUUACUUGAAUGCUAUCCUGCAAUUCAACCCGGAUGCUUUCUCCAUUGCCCAGAAGCUCGAUGCCGAGCGUGCUACUGGCAAGGUUCGCGGUCCCCUCCACGGUAUCCCCUUCAUUGUCAAGGACAACAUUGCCAGCAAGGACCGCAUGGAAACCACCGCUGGUAGCUGGGCUCUGCUUGGUAGCGUUGUUCCCCGUGACUCUUACGUCGUCAAUGGCCUCCGUAAGGCCGGUGCUUUGCUUCUUGGCAAGGGUGCCCUGAGCGAGUGGGCUGAUAUGCGCUCCAACAACUACUCCGAGGGCUUCACUGCCCGCGGUGGUCAGUGCCGUAGUGCCUACAACUUCACCGUCAACCCCGGUGGUAGCAGCACUGGUCCCGGUGUUGCUGUCGGAGCCAACCUGGUUCCUAUUGCCCUUGGAACUGAGACUGAUGGCAGUGUUAUCAACCCUGCUCAGAGAAACUCCAUCGUUGGCAUUAAGCCUACUGUUGGUCUGACCUCUCGCGCCGGUGUAAUCCCCGAGUCCCUGCACCAGGACACUGUGGGUACCUUUGGUAAGACUGUCCGUGAUGCUGUCUACGCCCUCGACGCCAUCUACGGCAUUGACACUCGUGACAACUAUACCCUCGCUCAGAAGGGUCUGACCCCCAAGGGGGGUUACACCCAGUUCCUGAGCAAGAAGGGUGCCCUCAAGGGCGCCGUCUUCGGUAUCCCUUGGGAGUCCUUCUGGGCCCUCGGCGACGCUGACCAGAUCUCCCAACUCCUCGAGCUGGUCGAGCUGAUCAAGUCCGCCGGCGCGACCAUCAUCAACGGCACCGAGCUGCCUCACUAUAAGCAGAUUGUCUCCCCCGACGGCUGGAACUGGGACUACGGUUCCACCCGUGGCUUUGCCAACGAGUCCGAGUACUCAUACAUCAAGGUCGACUUCUACAAUAACCUGCGCGACUACCUCUCCGAGGUCAAUAACACCAACGUCCGCACCGUCGAAGACUUGGUGCAGUACAACACCGACAACUACGGCUCCGAGGGUGGUCUCCCUGGCAUUCACCCAGCCUUCGGCUCCGGCCAGGAUGGUCUUAUCGCCUCCCUCGAGAGCAAGGGUAUCAUGAACGAGACCUACUUCCAGGCUCUGGAGUUCUGCCAGCGCACCACCCGCGAGGAGGGCAUUGACGCUGCCCUGAAGCACGGCAACCGUACUCUUGACGGUCUUCUGGUUCCCCCCGACGUCGCUCAGAGCAUCCAGAUCGCCGCCCAGGCUGGUUACCCCGUUAUCACCGUUCCGGCUGGCACCAGCGAUGUCUCUGGCAUGCCAUACGGUCUUGCCAUUAUGAACACUGCGUUCUCGGAGUCGACUUUGAUCAAGUACGCCAGUGCUAUCGAGGAUUUGCAGAAGACUUCCGGCACCAAGUGGCAACGCUCUCUGCCGGAAUGGCGCGGAUACCUUGAGCGCAACUUGCCCGUCAUCAUGUAA